AUGGCCUUGGAAUUGGAGCAACGAGUGAAAGCCUAUCGCUUCGUCGCCUAUUCAGCGGUCAGUUUCUCGAUAAUCGCAGUGCUAUCCAUCUGCAUUACAUUGCCGAUGAUCUACAACUAUGCUCAUGGUGUGAUACACAAGAUGAAUAAGGAAGCAUUGUUGUGCAAGGUUUGUGAGGCUAAGAGAACUGCAAAUGACAUUAUAAAGGAAGUGAGCAAUAUGAGAGAACCGAUUGGUAAUCGAACUGCACGUGGAGCGUCGCAUGUAACAGAGGCAACACCUGGCGCAGCCGGUGCAUCAGCAUACGGUUCAUACAACUGUAACGCAUGCUGUACUCCCGGACAACCUGGUAUAAUGGGACCGCCAGGACGUCCUGGUCGUCCCGGUAACCCGGGAGCACCUGGAGCUCCUGGAAAUCCGGGACGUCCACCACAACAGCCUUGUGAACAGAUCACACCACCUCCAUGCCGACCAUGCCCUCCUGGACCGCCUGGACAGCCCGGGAUAAUGGGACCUCCAGGAGAUGUUGGCGCAAGUGGACCUCCUGGUCUUCCUGGACCUGACGGCGCGGCAGGGCCCCCAGGAUUACCAGGUCCACCGGGACUGAAUGGAGCUCCCGGGAAGCCUGGUGCUACCGGCCUUGCAGGAGAAGAUGCCCCAGUUGAAGCUGUCGCUCCCGGAGAACCGGGACCACCUGGACCUCCUGGGCCGCCGGGACCACCAGGUGGAAUGGGCUCUACAGGAGUUUCUGGACCACCAGGCAUAAGUGGACCAAAAGGACCACCAGGAGCGAACGGAGAACCUGGGGAGCAUGGGCGACCUGGAAUGCCUGGCCAGGCAGGGAUGCCUGGACCGCCAGGAGAACGAGGAGUUUGCCCCAAAUACUGUGCAGUCGAUGGAGGAGUAUUCUUCGAAGAUGGAACUCGUCGUUAA